UUCAAAAGCUGCAUCGAUUUCCUUCCCAUUUUAUCGGAAAACUCUCCGUAUUUGCCAUUACUGCCCAAUCGAAAUCCACUAACUUUUGAUUCAUCCGUUCCUCCUGAAAAGAAAAGCGCAUCUUAAACUACCAUGGCCGAUGAGGACGAAAUCAAGGAAUACCGGUGGGAAACCGGCUAUGAGAAAACAUGGGAAGCAAUCAAAGAAGACGACGAUGGCUUGGUGGAGGGUUCGGUAGCCGAUAUUAUUCAGAAGGCCAAACGGAAACGGCAAGCCAUGAAGAAGGGCUUCAGCAAGCUUGGAAUGAUGCGCCAUUUGUACGUCCUGUUGGAUUGCUCGGAAGCGAUGAGCAUACCGGAUUUGAAGCCAACGAGAUUCAUAUGCUCGUUGAAGCUUUUGGAUAUCUUCAUCGAGGAAUUUUUCGAUCAAAAUCCAAUUUCACAGCUGGGGGUGAUUGCCAUGAAGGCGAAGCGAGCGGAGAAGAUAACCGAGCUGGGUGGCAGUUGUCGAAAGCAUGUGAAGGCGGUGGCGAAUUUAAAUAAGCUCAAUUUGACAGGGGAGCCUUCGCUGCAGAAUGGGUUGGAAUUGGCACUGAAGACGUUGAAAAUGGUACCAUCGCAUGCCAGUCGGGAAGUGCUGGUGGUGAUGGGAAGUUUGACCACUUGCGAUCCGACCGAUAUUCACAUCACUAUCGAGGCUCUAAAAGCGGAGGGGAUCCGUUGUUCGGUGGUCAGUUUGUCGGCGGAGAUUCGAGUGUGUAAGUUUUUGUGCACUGAGACGGGAGGGGUUUACGGAGCGGUGCUGGACGAUGCUCAUUUCAAGGAUCAGCUGUUGCAGCAUAUUGAUCCACCGCAGGCGGGAAAUCAGCAGGAGUAUUCUUUGAUUAAAAUGGGGUUCCCCCACGGGAAAACGGAGGAAGGCAAGGAUCCGCCGCUGACUAUGUGCAUGUGCCACAUAGAUAGCACUGAUGAACCUUCAAAGUUAACGUCAGGUGGAUACCACUGUCCGCAGUGUUACAGCAAGUAUUGCGAUCUGCCGGUGGAGUGUUCGGCGUGUGGAUUGACUCUGGCAUCGGCUCCGCAUCUGGCCCGAUCGUACCACCACCUGUUUCCGGUCCCACAUUUCCAGGAAAAGCCUUACGAACAUCAGGCCACCAUCUGCUACGGUUGUCAAAAGACGUUCAAUGCAGCCACCGAAAAAACGGUAUACCAAUGCGGAGCAUGCCAGCAGGUGUUCUGCAUCGAUUGCGAUAUCUUCAUACACGAAACGAUGCACUCGUGCGUGGGAUGUACGACGAUACCGGCCUCGGUGCAAGCGUUGCACGCACGAAAACCCGUCGCCCCGCCGCAUAGUUUGUCGAUACUUUGAAAAUAAAAUGAAGCGAUUCGCUUGAAGUA